UCAAAAUGUCAAAUUCGCGAUUGGUCGGCUAGAUUUGAGCUAAUAUUUUUCAUAUUUUCCUGAAUGUUUUGUAUACUAUGAUAAUCCUAUCAGAUACCAGAUGAAAUAGUAAAUCUUCAUCGUUCAACUAAAGACUGCAAUGAUAAGAUGAUUCCACUCAAAGACAACCAAGAUGUGGCAGCUUUCCUUGUCACAAAACACUCUUGGAAAGGAAAGUACAAAAGAGUAUUUUCCAUUGGCACUCAUGGGAUCACAACAUAUAAUCCAGAUCGCUUGGAGGUGACAAAUAAAUGGCUGUACUCAGACGUGGUCACCAUUGCUUCAUCCAAGCAUUCAAACUCUGUUGCAAACCAUGACUUCACACUUGUCAUGAAAAAGGACAAAAAAAUAGAUUCAAUGAAGUUCUCUUCUGAACAUAAAUGUCUUAUUUUAACAGAGGCUUUUAAAUAUAGACACUUGUUUUCAGAAAAGCCCAAAGACAUUUUUAGGUAUCAAGCAUACAAACAUCAUUGGAGUGGUACACGAUUACCCAUUGUGCUUGAAGUUGGCCCGUGCUCAUUAGAACAGCUGGACCCAUCAACGCACACAUUGCUGGCUAGUUACCCCUACAGUGAUAUACAAGGCAUUCUUCCUGUAAGAGACAUACCGGGAGGAUUCGUACUAGCUGUUGGAGGAUAUAGUCGUCUUCACUUAUUUUCCAAUACUAUGGAUCAUCAAAUUAUUAUUAAUAAAAUGCUUGAAAUGGCUAGUUUAACGAUGAGCAUAAGUAUAAAAGUACUUUCUGCAACCAUUACAGUUGAUGAUUACCACAAUCAAAGAUUUGGCAAAUACAGUGGUGAUCAACACCAAACUUCAUUAAGUGAGUUUAUGGUCCACAAGGUGAAUCCCGCUCGACAUAUGGAACCAAUGCGCAGGACUCUUUGUCUAUCUGACACUUGCAUUCUUGAAAGAGAUCCACAGACUUAUUCUGUCGUAUGUUUGAGGCCGCUAAGCGACGUUUUUGCUUUAAUUCGUGAUCCCGAACACCCUCAAAAGUUCUCAAUCGAAUACUUAAAUGGACAGACUCGGACAUAUUUGGCUGGAGAGCGGGACGCGCUGCUGGCGUCGCUGGUGGACGGCGUGCGCUCUGCGGGCCAGCGCGACGUGCACGUGCGCUCGGCACGCACGCCGCGCGGGUACCGUCUCGGCCCGCUGCACCACGCCGUGGACGAGGAGACGGAGGCCAACCAUCUCAAGUUAUUUCAAAAUCCAGUGGCCAUGUCAAGAUCAGAAGUUAUCGAACGAUUUAAUGCAAAUGUUGGUUACAGCGGUCUCAUAUACUCGGUCAGCCAAGAUGCUCGUCCCCUGUUGUGGCUGUUUCUUACGUGGGAUCUUCGACUGUUUGCGGAGAAUAAGGAGAAGUUGAUCACGGGAGCUCUGAGUGCGAUCAUGAGCAGUGGGCCCUCGGGCUCCAACCUGACGCUACGCGAGCUGGAGGCCCAGUUUCACGCGCUGCGGAGAUUGUGCGCCAGCAAAGUUGGCUUCGCGGCCUUUACCGCACUACCCGGGUUCCGCGAGUGGAUGGGCAGCGCCGUGGUGGGCGCGCUGCGGCGCGAGUGCGCGGCCUGCUCGCACGCGGCGCUGGACGCGCUGUGCGCGCUGCUGCAGCCCAUGCACGCCGAGCCCGACCUGCGCCAGGAGCAGCUCAACAAGGCCAGCAUGCUCGCCUCGCUGCCCUUCCUCGACGGCCUGCUGGCCAUGUGGGCCGCGCACGUCACGGCGGGCACCGGCGCGCUGGUGGUGGCGGCCAUGUUGGACUUCCUGACUUUCGCGCUGUGCGUGCCCUACAGCGAGACCACAGACGGGAAACAGUUCGACCAGCUGCUCGAGAUGGUGGCCGGUCGGGGACGCAUGAUCUUUAAACUUUUUGAGCACCCGUCGGCGGCCGUGGUGAAGGGCGCGGGGCUGGUGGCGCGCGCGCUGGUGGAGGAGGGCGGCGGGGGGGUGGGCUCGCGGGUGCAGGCGCUGGCGCUGGCCGAGGCGGCGCUGCCGCGCCACCUGCUGCACGCGCUGUACGCGCCCGCGCGUCUGCAGCGCCGCCACCUGGCGCGCCACCUGGUGGCGCUGUGGCUGGUGGACCACGCGCCCGCCGCCGACCUCAUGCGCCGCAUCAUGCCGUCGGGUCUCCUGGCGUUCCUGGAGUGCAGCGAGGCGCCGCCGGCGGCCGCGCUGGAGGAGCAGCGCGUGGAGGAGCGCGACAACCUGCAGCUGGCGCAGGCCGCCGCCCGCCCGCGCGCGCCGCACUGGGAGGCGCUCGAGCGACAGGUCAAGUACGUCGAGAAGCACCUCGAGCAUUACGCAUCGUUAGCAAUACAGCAUUGGGCUCAGAGGACGCGGGGUACGGAUCCGCGUAAGGAGAUCCGCGAUCGACCCGUAGUGCUGAGGAGGCGCAGGGAGCGAGUCAAGUCUACUGCGAAUUGGCCGAUGUUCUACUAUCAAUUUCAUCGGGACCACGCGUUACCUAACCUCAUAUGGAAUCACACCACGCGCGAGGAGCUGCGCAGCGCGCUGGAGAACGAGCUGCGCGCCUUCGCCUCGGACCGCGAGGUGGCGGGCGGCACGCUCACCUCGUGGAACCACGCCGAGCUCGAGGUGCACUACCAGUGUCUGCAGAACGAGGUCAAGAUCGGGGACUACUACCUGCGCAUCCUGCUCGAGCAGCGGGACAACGACGACAGCCCCAUUCGCAAGUCAUACGAGUUCUUUAACGACUUAUAUCAUCGGUUCUUAUCCACGCCUAAAGUGGAGAUGAAAUGCAUGUGUUUACAAGCAAUGACGAUAGUUUAUGGCCGUUAUUAUGAAGAUAUUGGUCCAUUCGCUGACACCAAAUACAUUGUGCAAAUGCUGGACAGGACGUGCGACAGGAUGGAGAGAGAUAGACUUGUGCAGUUUCUGUCUAAAUUGAUUCUCCACAGAAAGAAUGUCAGCGAGAUAUUGGAAUGGAAUGGGAUAAGGAUUCUAGUCGACCUGAUGACGUUGGCACAUUUGCAUACGUCGCGUGCAAUGGUGCCGACACAGACGAACGUCAUCGAGGGGCCGGCGCAGACUGGAGACGGAGACCGCGAGUGGUACUACAACGUGGAGCAAGGCGACAAGGUGCAGCGAAAGGGACCAGUCAGCUUCCAGCAGCUAAAGGAAUCGUACAAGAGUGGGGAGAUAAACAACAAAACGAAGUGCUGGGCCAACAGCAUGGAGGGCUGGCGCGCACUGGGCGGCGUGCCGCAGCUGCGCUGGAGCUUGGCGGCGCGCGGCGCGCCCGCGCUCACCGAGACCGAGCUGGCCGCCACCGUGCUCGACCUGCUCGUGGCCUGCGCGCGCUACUACCCCAGCAGAGACGAAGAAGAUGCAGUAAUUAGACCGCUUCCCAGAGUGAAGAGACUGUUGUCGGAACCGGCUUGCCUGGCGCAUGUCGUACAGUUGCUCCUAACUUUUGAUCCUAUACUCGUGGAAAAGGUGGCGACACUAUUGUAUGAAGUGAUGCAGGACAAUCCCGAAAUAUCGAAGUUAUAUCUUACGGGUGUAUUCUACUUUAUGCUUUUAUAUACUGGUUCGAAUUUAUUGCCGAUUGCGAGAUUUUUACGGCUCACGCAUAUGAAACAAGCGUUUCGUGCUGAUCAGACAAGUUCCGACAUAAUGCAACGAUCAAUCUUAGGCCAGUUGCUACCGGAGGCUAUGGUGUGCUAUCUGGAGAAUCAUGGUGCCGAAAAGUUUGCCCAAAUCUUCCUCGGCGAAUGGGACACACCAGAAGCUAUAUGGAAUUCUGAAAUGAGGCGUAUGCUGAUAAUGAAGGUGUCUGCGCACAUCGGCGAGUUCACCCCGCGCCUGCGCGCGCACAUCGCGGCGCGCUACCCCUACCUCGCCAUCCCCGCCGUGCUCUACCCGCAGCUCCGCAACGAGCUGUUCUGCAACAUGUUCUAUCUGCGACACCUUUGCGAUACGCAACGCUUCCCAGACUGGCCAAUUCCCGACCCGGUAGGUUUGCUGAAGGACGUGCUGGAGGCGUGGCGACGCGAAGUAGACAAGAAACCGGCCUCGAUGACGGCAGAACAAGCCUUCGCGGCGCUCGGCCUCGAGCCCGGGCAGGACGAGGGUGCCGUGCGCAAGGCUUACUACCGGCUCGCGCAACAGUUCCAUCCCGAUAAGAACCCCGAAGGCAGAGACCGUUUCGAGGCUGUGAAUCAAGCGUACGAGUUCCUCUGCAGUAGGAACGUUUGGAGCGGUGACGGUCCUAACACGAAUAACAUUCUUCUCAUACUACGUACUCAGACGAUAUUAUUCCAAAGAUAUUCUGAAGUGUUGGCUCCGUACAAGUACGCAGGGUACGGCGCGCUGCUGCGCACGGCGCGGCUGGAGGCGGAGGCCGAGGCGCUGUUCGCGCGCGACACGGCGCUGCUGCCGGCCGCCUGCGAGCUGGCGCACGCCACGCUGGCCUGCUCCGCGCUCAACGCGGAGGAGCUGUGCAGGGAACGCGGCCUCGAGGUGCUGCAAGAGGCGCUGUCCCGUUGCGUGUCGGUGCUGGGCGGCAGCAAGGAGGGCAGCACGGCGGCCGCGGUGUGCAUGCACUGCGCGCGCUGCUUCGCGGUCGCCGCGCGCUUCCCGUCGUGCCGCGAGGCCGCCGCGCAGCUGCCGCAGCUCUGUGCCGACAUCGUCCCAUUGCUGCGCCGACCGGAGUUGGGCGAGACGGCGUGUGCUGGUGCAGAGGCGGUAGCGGCGCUAGCAGCGGACGCACAGUGCCGUGCUCGCUUCGCCCGAGCUCACGUCCUGCACGCACUGCUACCCGCCGUGUUGCGUUACGAUUACACCUUGGCCGAGUCCGGCCUGCCUAACGAGGGUGACAACAAACAGGAGGUGGCCAAUCGCCUCGCGAAGCAGAGCGUGUCCGCGCUGGCGGCGCUGUACGGGCCGCACGCGGACGCGGGCGCGGAGGACGAGCGCGUGCGCACCGCGCUGCACGCGCUGCUCACCCCCUACUUGUGCGACAAGCUGGCGGGAGACGACACGCACGAGCUUCUCAAAACCCUGACAUCGAACUGGCGAACACCGUACCUGGUGUGGGACAACAGCACGCGUGCUGAGCUGCAGGAGGCGCUGCGAGACAAGCCCGCGGGCGACGACGCCGCGCUGGUGCCGCCGCUGCAGUACUCAGCGCACGAGGGACUGCUGGCUGUCGGCGGCGUCUAUCUGCGGAUAUACGAUGAGCUGCCCGACUAUCCCAUAGAGAAUCCACAACAGUUUGUCCUAGACUUAUUGAAGUUUAUUCAAGAGGAGACACAUGCGGAUAUAACAGAAGAGAGAGCCGAGCACAUCACGUUGGCAUUAAAUGCUCUCGCCAAUUGUAUUAUAAAAAAUCCAGGCGUGGAGAUCCAGUGCAUCGGCCAGUUCGGUCUGAUAUUCGGGCUGAUGUCGGCGCGAGCGCUGCCGGCGGCGUCGCAGGCGGCCGUGCAGGUGGCGGCGGCGGCGGCGCGCAGCCGCGAGUGCGUGGAUGAGGUGGCGGCCGGCGCGCUGCUGGGGCACCUGCUGCCGCUGCUGGCGCCGCCGCCGCGCUCCGACGCGCUCUCCGCCCUGUCCGCGCUGCUGUCCGCCACGCCGCUCGUGCGGGAGGCGCUCGCCAAAGGUGCUGUGAUUUACUUAUUAGAUUUAUUCUGCAACUGUAAUAUACCGGAAAUGAGGGAGAUGGCGGUCGAACUGUUGGCGCGUAUGAUGGCCGACAAGCUUCACGGACCUAAGGUGCGGUUGACGAUCUGCCGCUACGUGCCGAGCGUGUUCGCGGAGGCGAUGCGCGAGGCGGGCGCGGCGGCGGCGCUUCACGCCUUCGACGCCAGCCACGAGCACCCCGAGCUGGUGUGGGGCGACGAGCUGCGCCAGCGCGUGCGCGCGCACCUCGUGCAGCUGCGGGACCGACAUUACACGAAUCAAAUCCGGGACCCGUCGGCUUUGUUCGAGGAGCGCGAUGUGACGGAGCACAACGAGGACGCGUGGGCGCCGCCCGGUGAGGUUGUGGUGGGAGGCGUCUACCUCAAGCUGUUCCUUCAGAAUCCAACCUGGAGUCUGCGCAGUCCCAAGCGAUUUUUACAGGAGUUGGUCACAGAGACACUGUCGUCGCUCAAUAAGGACUCGUCGGAGGGCAGUCGCGGCGACACGUGCGCGCGCGCCCUGGCGGCGCUGCUGCGCGCGCGGCCCGCGCUGUGCGACGCGUGCGCGCAGCUGGGCGAGCUGCCGCGCCUGGCUCGCCUGCUGCCCGUGUGUCCGCGCCACGCCGUGCCCGUGCUCGGCGCGCUCGCGCACACGCAGGCUUGUGUCAUGGCGCUCGGCCAAACUGACGUCAUGAGCGGACUCAAAACUGCAGUCAAGACGUGUCGAGAAGUGGUCGGCGGCGCCUGCGACGCAUUAGCUGCUAUAUUCAAUAGCACAGUCAAUACCGACAAGCUUGUGCUGCAGGCGCUGGAGUGCGAGCUGGUGGGCGAGCUGCUGGCGGUGUUGGAGGCUCGCUCGCUGGAGGGCAGCGCGGCGGCGCGCGUGGUAGGCGCGCUCAAGGCCAUGAGCCGCGCGGGCGUGCACGCCGAGCGCGUGCGGGCGCAGCUGGCGCGCUCGCCCGUGUGGGACCAGUAUUCUGCCCAGCGUCACGACCUUUUCAUAUCUGCACCGCAGCACCACUCUAUUGCCGCGGCCCCGCAGAGCGCCGGUUACCUGUCGGCGCCGCCGUCCGUGCCGCCCACGCAGCCGCCGCCGCUGGACUGACCGUCGCCGCAACCUCUCGCCCACACCACUUGAUCCUCGCCCUCACCAAUAAAUAUGAAUUUUAUGUGUUAUAAAGAUCCGUCGUUAACGGCAACAAUAAAUAUAAUUCGUUCUUAAUCAUGUCUGAUUAUGAUAUUUAAAAAAUAUGAAGUGUAUCUAUUAGGACACUUUCUGGUUCAGUCAAAUAAAAUAAAAUAAUGCUUCCUCAUUAAAUAAGUGUUAACAUAAAAUUCAUUAAAUAUAUGUAACAAAUUCCAAGAAAAAAUCUAUUUUUAGUGCAAUAAAAAAGGCAAAUUAGUGAAAAUGAAAGGCAAACAUAACAUUAUGAACUGCCAAAACGCUAUUAAUAAAUAAAAUAUUCUAAAUUGUAUAAAAAGUAUAAAUACUAGAACACUUGAAUUUUAAAUCAUAAUUGAUUUUUAGAAGAAAUAUUGUAUCUGGAAGUUUUAUAGAUAUUACAUAUAUGUCGUUGCCUCUGUUUUAAUAUUAUUAUAAUAUGCAUCGAUGAAAAAAAAUAAUCAUAAAUGAAUACAAUUACAUUACUUUUUUAUUAUCAUAAUAUAAAAAUUGCGUUGAUUGAAAUGUACUUAUACUUACUCCAAUCACAAAAAAAAACAAAAAGUGUAUAUUAUAUAGAUGUUAAUAAAAAACAUUGUUUGAAUCUAAUCCUUACUCUUAUGUUUUCAAAUGAUCUCUUUCAAAUAAUUCUUUAUAUAAAAUUUUUCAUUCCUGCUUUUUUAUAAUUUGCAAAGUGUAAUUAAAUAUAAGUUCGAAGCGUGGUUUAUGAAUAUGUAUACGUCAUAAGUAACGAGGCUAAUUGAGAAACGGGGAAAUGAUUUCUGAGAGGGUUUCGGUGUAUACCAGUUAUUUUGAAUAGUACGGGAUUGCAUAGUUUUUUGACGACAUUACCGUUAUAUUACCGUUAUACAGAACGACAAAAUUGAAUUUAUUAGUCCAAGAUUUUUAUUAAAAUAAUUUAAUGUUAAUUGUACAACGUGCUGUGCAUUUGUUUGUUUGUCCUUGAUAGUCUUGCCAGAGUCUUGGAUUUAUAUACAUUAUUUAGCCUUAAAAUUAAACUAUAUAAUUUAUUAGGUUUCUUACAUAUUUUUUGUAACUCAUUCAAUUAAUAUACAUGCCUCAUACAUUUAAAUAAAUGUAAAGUAAAUAACGAGAGAAAUAAUAGAUAUAUUAUAACUUAAAUAAUUUAAGUCAAGUGAUUGUGUUGCUGAAUCUUGUAUAAUGUUAUAUUGUAUUGUAUGAAAAUUUGAUACCUUGUACGAAUCUUAGUGUGAUAUUACUGUAUUAAAUUGUAACUUUAAUGUUAGUCAUAUCAUAGCGUUAAGAAACGAACGAUAUAAUAUAUACGAGUUACGUUUACAUGAUUUUUUUAUGUGAAAUAGAACUUGUAUAAAAACUUCUUCUUGUAAUAUGAUGACGGUACAUAUUUCGGUGCCGGUAUUUUGUUUUAUAUUUCUUUACAAAUAUUGGUACGAAGGAAUUUAAAACAAUCUUUAAGAAAACUCAACAAAUCGUUUUUAUUCUCUAUCUCUCUUAAACAAAUUUAAAUAACAUGUCAUUUGACUGAUGUGGUUAAAAGUCAAGUGACAAGUAAGUUACUUUAAUUCGAUUUUUUAUCAGGAGACGAGAUAAUUUUAAAUUAUGAAUGCAUUGGUUGGUUGUUUGAAACAUAUACCGACAUUCAUAUAUAUAUAAAUUUAAAAAAAAGUAAUUAAAUAAAUUACAUUAAGAAUUGUGUAAACGUAUCAAGCGAUUUUUAAUUUGCUCAGGUCUCGAGUACGUCCUAAUUAUGUUAAUAUGAAAGAAACGGACUGUCAUUUGUUAUCGUGUGUACCCAGUUUUAUUAAAUUAAUUUUCAGCUUUUUAAUGAUGUAUAUGAUGACUAGGAGGUUUUUAAGCUUCAAGGUGAUUAUGACAUCACAUUAAUUGCUAAGAUAAAAUGUAAAUCAUUAAAGUUACAUUAUAUAAUGUCAGUACUUUGUUGGCAUGUUAGAUAGCAUAUUUUAAAGUAAACCUGGGCGCACAUGUGGUAAUAAAAGGAGUGAACUGCGAUGGCAACACGUGUUGAGAAGAAUAUGAAUGUUUAAUAUUUUUAUAUUUAGCAGUAAGCUAUACACGUGUAAUGUAAAGUAAUAUAUUGAAUUGAUAUUAA